GCCGGUGAAGAGACUAUCUGUUUUUGUUUUCACUUUACUGCGCGUUGUGCGUCGCCGAAGCUACGUGCGAAGGCAGACCAAAGCUCAUCCAUUACACACACACACACACAGAGACACGCAAGGAACCUCACCCGAUGUGGAUCUCUCGCAGGUGCGUCGGGAUGACGACAGCUGCGCCGCUUGCCGUUGCCCGGCGACGCGUGCACACCGACCAGCCCACCACUAAUCCAGCUGCCACCACCAACAACGCAGACGCCGCGCCGCCCCCUUCCUCCGCCUCCUCGUCAACGUCCUCAAAGGAUCUUCAGCUGGACGACACCGAUGAAUGGAUCUUGUCGCAAGUGCGCCGCUCCGUCGAGAGCGGUCGUCAAUCAAAAGAGGCUGCCGAUUACUUCCGCAGCAUCCUGCACGCCCAACCCGAGUUCCAUCAGUCGCUGCGGGAGGCCCGCCGGCUGAUGGGUGGACAGGAACCGGAGCAGCUCACACGCUACCAACAGGGCCAGUUUGCGGAUCGCCUGUGCAACUACAUGAGCGGCAUCGCCAGCGAGAAGCUGCGCCGCGCCAGCGCAGAGGAGCAGUCCACGCGGCGCUACACGCAAGACGGCACCCCCACCGGGGAGAAUUACUGGUUUGAAGCCGGCAACACCCUCGGCUCCCCAGCGGUGCCAGGCUUCGUGAAGGAUGAGGUCCUGCACGACAUGCAGCAGGAGCGGGCUGCCGCCAGUCCUGCCUUCCUGCGACCGCCGGAGGAGACGCAGAUGGCGGAGGAGGACGACGGCUACGCGGCGCACCUACGACGGCAGCGGGACAAGCUGCUGCGUGAUGCCGAUUUCAAGUAG